AUGGCCUCAAUGUGGCAAGGCUGCUGGUAUGAAUGCAUCCCAUCAUCACCAUCCCAGCUUAUCCCCCACCACCAGCCAGGCCCAGCCCACCACCAGCCAUGCCCAGCCCACCACCAGCCAGGCCCAGCCCACCACCAGCCAGGCCCAGCCCACCACCAGCCAUGCCCAGCCCACCACCAGCCAGGCUCAGCCCACCACCAGCCAGGCCCAGCCCAGCCCACCAGCCAGGCCCAGCCCACCACCAGCCAGGCCCAGCCCACCACCAGCCAUGCCCAGCCCAGCACCAGCCAUGCCCAGCACCAGCCAGGCCCAGCCCAGCACCAAGCCAGGCCCAGCCCACCACCAGCCAGGCCCAGCCCACCACCAGCCAUGCCCAGCCCACCACCAGCCAGGCCCAGCCCACCACCAGCCAGGCCCAGCCCACCACCAGCCAUGCCCAGCCCAGCACCAGCCAUGCCCAGCACCAGCCAGGCCCAGCCCAGCACCAGCCAGGCCCAGCCCACCACCAGCCAGGCCCAGCCCACCACCAGCCAGGCCCAGCCCACCACCAGUCACAGCAUGAACCUCCUCUCCCUCUCCUCCAAGCCCAGCCUGCACUCCUCUCCCCUCUCCUCCAAGCCCAGCCUGCACCUCCUCUCCUCCAAGCCCAGUCUGCACCUCCUCUCCCCUCUCCUCCAAGCCCAGCCUGUACCACCUCUCACCUCUCCUCCAAGCCCAGCCUGCACCUCCUCUCACCUCUCCUCCAAGCCCAGCCUGCACCUCCUCUCCUCCAAGCCCAGCCUGCACCUCCUCUCCUCCAAGCCCAGUCUGCACCUCCUCUCCCCCUCUCCUCCAAGCCCAGCCU